GGUGCUGGCCCGGGGUCCAGGCCACGCCCCUUUCGAGGGCACACCUAGCCAGGCCCCGCCCCUUCCGCCGCCAGCCCCGCCUCUUCCGCUCCUCGGGGGCCGGCUGUGGAGCGCGACUGGUGGUUAUGGCUCGCGGGGCUGCCAAGGGGGCCCGGCGCAGAGUCCGGGGCGCGCCGCCGGUCAGGGCGCGGGGCCGCUCGGCAGAGGACUGGUGGUGGGAUCGGCUGGCUCCGAGCGGCUCCGGCUACCACCUGCUGCAGGCGGACAGCAUGCUGCUGGUGCUGCCCGGCCCGGGGCCCGCCCGCGCCCGCACGCACAGGCGCGCUGCCCGCCGAGCUCAUCGGCUGCGGCCCCCGGGGACCUGCGCCGUGGCAGCCAAGGCCAAGCCCAGACCCGCGCCCGCCCCUGAGGCGCCGCAGGGGCCCGACCCGGGCUGGGGCGACCGCAUUCCCUUGGAAAUCCUGCUGCAGAUUUUCGGGCUGCUGGUGGCGACCGAUGGGCCCAUGCCCUUCCUCGGCAGGGCUGCACGCGUGUGCCGCCGCUGGCACGAGGCCGCCUCCCAGCCCGCGCUCUGGCACACCGUGACCCUGUCUCCUCCGCUGGCUGGCCGCCCCGCCCUUGGCGAGGCCAAGGCCGAGAAGAAGCUCCUUGCAUCCCUGGAGUGGCUUAUGCCCACUCGGUUCUCACAGCUCCAGAGGCUGACCCUCAUCCACUGGAAGUCCCAGGUACACCCCGUGUUGAAGCUGGUUAGUGAGUCCUGUCCUCGGCUCACCUUCCUCAAGCUUUCUGAUUGCCAUGGUGUGACCCCUGACACUCUGAUCAUGCUAGCCAAAGCCUGCCCCCAGCUCCACAGCCUGGACAUACAGCACUCCAUGGUGGAGUCCACGGCUGUGGUAAGCUUCUUGGAGGAGGCAGGCCCCCGAAUGCAAAAGCUGUGGCUGACUUACAGCUCCCAGACAACAGCCAUCUUGGGUGCGCUGCUGGGCAGCUGCUGCCCCCAGCUCCAGGUCCUGGAGGUGAGCACCGGCAUCAACCGCAACAGCACUCCGCUCCAGCUGCCUGUUGAGGCCCUGCAGCAAGGCUGCCCUCAGCUGCAGGUGCUGCGGCUGCUAAACCUGAUGUGGCUGCCUAAGCCUUCCGGACGAGUGGUGACUCCUGGCCCAGGCUUCCCCGGCCUCGAGGAGCUCUGCCUCGCCAGCUCCACCUGCAACUUUGUGAGCAAUGAGGUCCUGGGCCGCCUGCUCCAUGGCUCCCCUAACCUGCGGCUGUUGGAUCUUCGUGGCUGUGCUCGCAUCACGCCUGCUGGCCUGCGUGAUCUGCCAUGUCAGGAGCUGGAGCAGCUUCACCUGGGCCUGUACGGCAUGUCGGACCGGCUGACUCUAGUUAAGGAGGGCAGCGCCCUAUUGACCCAGAAGUGGUGCCACACGCUGAGGGAACUGGACUUGAGUGGCCAGGGUUUCAGCGAGAAGGACCUGGAUCACGCCCUAGCUGCCUUUUCAGGCAUCCCUGGGGGCUCACGCCCAGCCCUGUGCUCCCUCAACCUCAGGGGCACCCGGGUCACACCAAGCACUGUCAGCUCUGUGAUCAGCAGCUGUCCAGGCCUGCUGUACCUCAACCUGGAGUCCUGCCGCUGCCUUCCCCGGGGCUUGAAGCGGGCCUAUCGGGGCCCAGAGGAAGUGCAGUGGUGCCUGGAGCAGCUGCUCACCAGCCUCCCGCCCCUCAGCUAGGCAGCUCCAGACCCCAGACCCCUGGGCCAGCGAGCCCUGCCCUGCUCCCUUUCCCAGUUUUGGAUCUUUGAGCAUUUUGUUAUAAUAAAACGUUUUCAGGAA